GCCAGUCACCGGUUCCAGCCGGCGCGCGUGCGGAGGCGUCGCCAGCGCCUGGGGCCCGCGGAGACGUCGUCGCCUGAGGCUUCGCCCGGGAGUACCUCACGCGUGGUGCGCGGCUGGCAGCCCCGGGAGCGCUGUGGCCAGGGCCCGGAUGUGAUCUGCCUGGAAUAUCGCAAGUUCUGUAGAAGUUUCAGUGCACACUCCAGGGCUUUAUUCCUGUGAUUGAAUGUGGCUGGAUCGGGGAGGCCCUCUGAAUUCAUUUCAGGCGCAUAGGCAAGUGUAUAGUUUCCGAAGGUCUGGAAUCCGAGAAUGGUUUAGCUGGGUCUCCCGUGUACCUGUAGGUGGCACUUUAUAUAAAGGAAGCACUGCGACUUGAGGCCACACCCUUCAAGAAUAAAAAAAGAAAAUUAGAAAAUGGAACCAUGUGAGAAAGAACAAGAGCCAGAACCACAGAAGAGCAUAGAAGAAACCAAACAAGUAGAUGAAAAAGAUGCUGAGCUGAUCUUUGUUGGGGUGGAACAUGUAAAUGUAGAUGCUGAGCUGAUCUUUGUCGGGGUGACUUCAAAUUCAAAACCAGUCGUUUCACACAUUUUGAACAGAGUCACCCCGGGUUCAUAUUUAAGAAGAAAAAAGUAUGGUCACCUCAGAAAAGAUACUGCUCACAAAUUGCAGCCCAUCAGUCAUGUGACCUCUACAUCAGAAGCAGUAACUGUCAUGCCAGUUUCUGAAUCUGAAUCAAGAUCAACAGAUAGUCCUAUUAUUAUAGAGCCUUUGUCUAAACCUGAUUAUAAAAGUAAUUCACCACAAGUUGUGCCUAAUAGCUCUUCUGAGUUAGGGUCUCCUUUGAUUUCAUUCACAAGUUCAUUGCAGCAUUCAGUAGGAGCAGCACUUUCUGUAGGAGGUAUGAAUAAAAGUCCUUGCACAUCAAAGCAGCUUUCUGCUUCAGAAGUAAGCAGCGUAAAUUCCAAAAGGCCUAAACUCAGUGACGGAAUCCCAGGGGGACAUUCUUCACCUUCGUCUCCUUCAGGUAUCUUGCAUACAAUAACUACUCAGCAAAGCACACUCUCAAGUAGUGUUCAUACCUCAUUGAGUCCUGUUCAGAAUGGAGCACCUUUUCCAACAGCUUUUCCAAAGGACAGUGUCCAUUUCAAGCCUAUAAAUCUUGUUAGGGAAAAUAGACUGACAGAAAUAGACUUUUCGAGUCUCUCAAGUCAAAACAAGAUUGUUGAUCCCAAAAAAGGAAAUCUGGUUGUGUUACUCCAUGACUUUUACUACGGACAGCAUAGAGGAGAUGGGCAGCCAGAACAGAAGACUCACACAGCCUUUAAAUGCUUCAGCUGCUUGAAAGUUCUAAAAAAUGUCAAGUUUAUGAACCACAUGAAGCACCAUUUAGAACUUGAGAAGCAGAAGGGUGACAGCUGGGAAAACCACACCACCUGCCAGCACUGCCACCGGCAGUUUCCCACUCCGUUGCAGCUGCAAUGUCACAUUGAAAGUGUACACACUUCCCAGGAGCCCUCCGCUGUCUGUAAAAUUUGUGAAUUGUCCUUUGAAACAGAUCAGGUUCUCUUACAGCACAUGAAGGACAAUCAUAAGGCUGGGGAAAUGCCUUAUGUGUGCCAGGUUUGCAACUACAGAUCGUCUGCCUUUGCUGAUGUGGAAACACAUUUCAGAACAUGCCAUGGAAACACAAAGAAUUUGCUCUGUCUGUUUUGUCUCAAAAUUUUCAAAACUGCAAUACCCUACGAGUGUCAUUAUAGAGGACACUGGGAAAAGAGUGUUCACCAGUGUUCCAAAUGCCGGCUGCAGUUUUUAACUUUCAAGGAGAAAAUGGAGCACAAGACCAGGUGUCAUCAAAUGUUUAAGAAACCUAAGCAACUAGAAGGAUUGCCUCCUGAAACAAAAGUUGUUAUUCAAGUAUCACUGGGACCACCUCAACCAGGGUCAGUGGAAGUAGCAUCCAUUACUGUGAGCACAUCUGAUUCUGAACCAUCACCAGCCCCCAAGCCUAAAAGUAGAAUUUCAAAAAAACCCCGUUAAUUCUACUUUUUGUAAAUCGAAAACAAGAAUUUCAGUCAAAUUAAAAAAACCCAUAAAAAGUACAAACCACACAUUUAAUAGCUUAAAAAAUAGUGAAACCAGUUAAUCAUUGAAGAGUUUUUUAAAAGUUAAUGAAACACAGUAUUGUUUGUUCUGAAUUUUCAGAUGUUAUUUAAAAAUGUAUUACCUGGUUUCAUGUAACUAUCUGGCUUAACACAUGAAAGGUGCUGUGUGUGUAUAUGUUAAAAAAAGUUGGAAACCUAUUUAUUAUUUUGUUAUUUAUUCAUGUUACUGAUAGGUGUAAAAGCUCUUCUUUUGGUAUAUAGAAUCUGUAGAAUUUUUUAGGUACUUAAUUUUAUUUUCUAUUUUUUCCAUGCCUUGAAGAUUUCAAUAUUAACUCUAGUCAAACUGGAAUAGCUUUACUAUGGCAUGGUCCUGUUUGCUGCUGAACUCCCCAAAGUGCCUCUAUUGUGCUGGUCUGCAGUGACCUGGCUCUGAAAGCCUGGGUGUGGAGAAGUUGAGAGAGAUGCUGUGGCAUGAAUGGGACCAGAAAGGGAGGUUAGUCAAUGGAGAGCAGUGGUUCUUUAUCCUAGUUGAGAAGCACACAUUCCCUUCAGUCUUGAAGCGAAGGCUGAAGGAACACUGUGUCAGAGUGUCUUUACCUAGUCCGGGAACAUCCAAGGAAGCAAAACCGUUACAGUAAAAUGCCUACGUUCGGUCAGGGGCUCCUUGUAGACAUCACACAACCACAGUGUGUCACUGGCUUUAGCUUGAGACGCAGAAGUAGAUAAUAGAAUGGGGCCUGGUGCCAGUGGACCUCCUGUUGAGUGGUCCACAGGGGAAUUCGAUUUGUUCCCUCCCCUCACCUUUCUGGCUUUUCUUUAGUCAGAAGGAACUAGCCCUGUUCUGGGAAGCCACGGCAGUAAAGAAGUCAAGUUUCCCAAGGAAAAGAAACUCUGACGUCCUUAGUGUGAACUGUAGUGGUUCCAUAAUGUUAACUGAAAAGGGCCAAAGAAAUUAUAUCUGUCCAGUUCAUGGACUGAGUUAAAUUUAGUUCUCUAAGUGUUAAGCUGGAAUGAGGGUUGUCCAAGAACAGUAGGUACAGUGGAUAAAAAUAAGCCCAGGGUGAAUUAAGCCCAUUGUGGGGCUUUUCCUUAUAUUUUUCUGUGUACACGUAUCUUGCAAAUUGAAGUUUGCAGUUUUGUAUCUUGCCUUGGACAUUGAAUGUGUUAUAGUUAACAGUUGUUAUUCUGGUGUGUAUGUAAUUUCCUAUUUUAUAAAAUUAAUACUGUUUGAGUCUUACUUGACUCACUCUAAUGUGCAAGAAAUGUCCCUUUUAUUUUAAUAAGUAUUAGGUCUUAGAGUUACAGUCCUUCAUCUAAUCUGUCCACCUAUCUAAUAUGUGUCUAUAUUAUGGGGAACCCUGUCCCCUUGCCACCUCUGAGGGCUCUUUCACAGAACUGUGGAGUACCCUCUGAGUAUUACUGGUUUCUGAACACGAGCAGCCUUGGCUGCUUCUGUGGGUUCCCAGGAUUGAGUCUCCCUCGGAAUGUUCUGGUGCCAUCCCUCCUCCUUCCAUUCCCGACCCAGGUACCUAGCAGCCUCUGUGCACCACUCAAGGACUCUGGGAUCCUGGCUGUAGACGUAAGCCAGGAGAAAUCUCUCCUUUCCCCACUUGCUUUCCCCUCUUCUUAAAGGCACCUUCUCUCCCCCUGCUCCUUUGUUCCUUCCUCACUCUAGUUAAAUCCCUUCAGCUUUCACAGAAAGCUGGGGAGUGAUCAUCAUCAGGGGCUUAGCGUGCCUCUGAAUUGGAGAGGAAGCACUACACAUAAAAGUAGUUGUGAGUAUACUGUCCGUGCGUUAGAUCAUUUCCUCAGUGUAGAUUCUGCUGUAUUAAUUUGCUCAAUGCGUGACUGAUUGAUUGAUUUGCACUUGGAACAUUUUACUAGGCCUUUUCAGUUAGUUUGCUUGGGCCAAGGCACUUUGCUAAAAUUUCAGCCUGAACUCCUUUCUUUAGGUGUAGAAGUGUGUGUGUGUGUGUGUGUGUGUGUGUGUGUGUGUUUCACUUGUUCUGAUCUCAGGUGGAAAUGUCUAUGUAUAAAUAGAUCUUCAGACUUUUGCUUACUUAUUGCCCUUAUUCUGUUUCUGUGGUAAAAAUAUGAGAUGUUUUACUUCUGUGUUUUUGUGGUUGCGUAGUUUGAUCAGCACUGUUACUGUUGCUUGCUGUUUCACUAAAACAUGCUCGUCAGGAGUACAGAUUGUUAUUUAUUGCCACCGUUCUAGUGGUACGGCCCCUGCCUACCUCCUCUCUCUUUUUCAUUCUUUGCCGUGCUACUACUCUACCAUUUUCCCCACUCAUGCACUGUUUUUAAUACACUGGCCUUGCUUUUCCUCAAGCAAAUUGCAUUUCUUCCUGAUCCAAAGACUUUGCAACUGCUGUUCUCUGUGUUAGAAUGCUCUUCCCCUAGACCUGCAUGGCUUGCUACCUCAGUUGACACUUCCUUUGGUUCAUUGAGCUUCACCAAUGUUCUUAAAAAUGACACUUGACAAUGAAACCUAACCUCCUUUUCUCCUCCUCAAAGGCACUUUAUAUAGUCUCCCCUCCUUUCUUCCCUUUCUAAUCUAGUUACAUUUUCUAGGUUUUCACAAAAAGCUGGAAAGAGAUAAUCGCCAAGGACUUUGCUUCUCUCUUAGAAUUGAGCUAGCCUGAGUCCAUUUCUGUGCCUGCAACCAAAACAAAAUUAAUAUAGUGAGUUGAGUUCCUUCAGGGGCUUUCUCUGUUUUGCUAUUGAUACCUCUAUAUUUUUUAAAGGCAAUGUCACUUUGUUUUGUUUACAUAUAAUAUUGAAUAUCUGUCAAGAUUACUAUUUUGUUAUUACCCUUUGUGAAUUUCCCUAUUUUACUUGUUUGUUCAAAUAAAAUUUAUUAUUUUAUUA